AUGAGUUGUCCAAAGCAUGGGUUGCCCGAUAGCGUUCUUCUCCAAACAUUUUAUCAGUCACUUGAUUCGGUCAACAAGUCGGUGGCUAAUAAUAUUGCAGGUGGGUCCAUGAUGGAUAAUUCUUAUAAUGUUAUGAGUGCUCUCUUGGACAAAUUAACCAAGACCAAUGAAGCUUGGCAUACUAGAGAGGCGGAAAGAGUUGGAGGAGGUCCUUCGAAAAUAGUGUUGUAUCGUGAGACAAUUAAGAAGGAGGAGGAGAGAGAUGAAACAAUGGCAAAGUUGAUCACUCAAAUGGAGCUUCUCACGAAGCAUGUGUUGGGUGGAAGCACGAAGCGGGUUAAUGCGGUAGGGUCUUGUGAAGGGGGCUCUCAAGAUGAACAAUGCUUCCAAAUCUAUGAUAAAGAGGCCAAUUUUGUAAACAAUCAAGCGGGGGUUCCUGGCCUAACUGCCAAGGUUCCAAUCAAAGACCUUGGCGGCAAGGUCAAGGGAAUCAAGGCUGGAGCAAAGAUCAAGGGAGUUCACAAUGGUGGGACAACAAUUAAGGUGGCUACAACAAAGAAUUAUAACAAUCACCGGAGCUCAAAUCCUUAUGUCCCACUCAAGGGGAAACAGAUGAUUUCAAGCCAACCAUCCAUUAGCGACCCCGCUAGUUCUAAAAUAGAAGAUAUGCUAUCAAGAGUAUUAAAGAAAGUGGAGUCAACCGAUUCCUUUUGCAAAGAAAUAAGAGAUGAAAUGAAAAGCUUGGGGCAAGUUGCUACUCUCAAUCAAAGACAAAAGGGCACUCUCCCUAGUGAUACGAUUGCAAACCCAAAGAAUGAUGGUGAUCAUAAAUGCCAUAAAAUCACUACUAGGAGUGGCAAGAUAAUUGGGGGAGAGACAUUGGUGAAAGAAAAUUUGGUUAUUGAUGAUGAGAAACUUGUUGAAGAACCCAUGGUUGUUGAAGAAGAAGUAACUUCAAAGAAGAAGCAAGCUAGUAUUGAAAAGGCCAUUAUUAUUAAAGAAGUGCCGGAAAAUGAUGAAGCUUCAAAAGGCAAGGAAGCGGUAGAGGAGGUGCCAAGGGCUUUACCGCCCGUUCCAAAUCCUCCUCCUCAAUUUCCUCAACGAUUGGCUAAGAAAGCUGAUGAUGGUAAGUUUCUCAAGUUUAUCGAGAAAUUGAAAGAACUUUCAAUGAACAUCCCUUUGGUGGAAGCUCUUGAACAAAUGCCCGGUUCUAUUGUGACAAAAGCCUUGGUUCAAAAUAAUGAAGAUCCGGGAGCUUUCACCAUUCCUUGCACUAUUGGGAUGUACAAAUUUGCAAAGGCCUUAGGUGCUCUUGGAGUAAACAUCAACUUGAUACCACUUACUAUUUUUAACAAGUUGGGUUUGGGCACUCCUCGACCUACAACAAUGAGGUUGCUAAUGGUGGAUAGAAUUGUGAAGAAUCCGGUGGGUAUCCUUAAUAAUGUGCUUGUGAGAGUUGAUCAGUUUAUUUUUUUGGCCGAAUUUGUGAGUUUGGAUCGUGAACUUGAUUUCAAGGUGCCCAUAAUUUUGGGACGACCUUUCUUGGCUACGGGGCGUGCUUUUGUAGAUGUGGAAAGAGGUGGCCUAAAAUUUAGAACGAAUAAUGAAGAGAUCACCUUCCAUAUUUGUAAAUCGAUGAAGCAACCAACGGACAUGAGUGUAGUGUCGGUUUUUGAACAAUUGAUAAGGCUAUAG